AUGAUGAGCUCCAUUGGAUCGUCCCUUUCGAUUCUCUCUUCUUCUCAGAUGAAAUUCUCCGUCGAUCUCCAUUCGUCUCCAAACCCUAACCGGAUUGUUUGCUCCGGCGUCAGAACGGCGAGAGUGAUGGGUAUAGACAGAGCUACGCGGCAGAGUCGAGAUUUGUCUGCCACUGAAGCUAGGGUUUCUCUCGUUCUCGCUCUCGCCUCUCAGGCGUCUUCUGUCUCUCAACGCCUUUUGGCUGAUUUAGCGGCGGAGACGGCGAAAUACGUGUUUCCGAAGAGAUUCAAUAGCUCCAAUCUGGAAGAAGCUUUGAUGUCUGUUCCGGAUCUCGACACAAUGAAGUUCAAAGUUCUAAGUAGGACAGAUAAAUACGAGAUUAGAGAAGUCGAGCCUUAUUUUGUGGCCGAGACGACAAUGCCAGGGGAUACUGGAUUCGACUUCUAUGGUGCUUCUAAGUCUUUCAAUGUGUUAGCUGAAUACCUCUUUGGUAAGAAUACAAUUAAGGAGAAAAUGGAGAUGACUACUCCUGUUGUUACUCGUAAAGUCCAAUCUGUUGGGGAAAAGAUGGAAAUGACUACUCCGGUAAUAACUAGUAAGGCAAAAGAUCAAACCCAGUGGCGGAUGUCUUUUGUCAUGCCCUCAAAGUAUGGUUCGAAUUUGCCAUUGCCAAAAGAUCCUUCAGUCAAAAUUCAGGAGGUGCCACGAAAGAUUGUUGCUGUUGUCGCCUUCUCAGGAUAUGUUACCGAUGAAGAGAUUGAGAGACGGGAGCAAGAACUAAGGCGAGCUCUUCAAAAUGACAAAAAGUUCCGAGUGAGAGAUGGAGUUUCAGUUGAAGUUGCACAGUACAAUCCACCAUUCACUCUCCCGUUUACCCGCCGCAACGAGGUCUCUCUCGAAGUCGAAAGCAAAGAAGACUAG